AUGUAUAACCCUGUAAUUGAAAUAGCAUAUCUUAUUGAUUCUAGAUUUCAAGGAAAAACUUUAAAUAAUGAUAUUAUGACAACAGUAUCUAAUUUUGUUCAAAAACAUUAUCCUGAAACUUGUACUAAAAUCUAUAGUCAAUUAUUAGAAUAUUUAAAUCAUUCAGGACCUUUUAAUAAUACUAUGGCAUGGGAAUCAGUUAAUAGUGUUGAUCAAUUAACAUGGUGGUCUGGAAAAUUUUCAAACUCAGCUCCUGAACUUGUUCAAUUUGCAAAAAGAAUUUUAACAAUACCUACAUCAUCUGCAGCAGCAGAGCGUAAUUGGUCUAAUUUUAGUUAUAUACAUUCAAUAAAACGAAAUAGACUUAAACCAUCAAAUGUUUUUAAACUAGUUUAUAUAUUUAGUAAUAGUAAACUAAAUAAUUCUUAUAAUACUAAAAAAGAAUUAUUUAGUAAAAAAAUUGAAAUUGAUAAUAUAGAUUGUUUUGAUAUUGAUAAAUUUGAUUUAGAAAAUGAUUUUUGGGAAGAUAUUUUUUAUGAUA